AGCGCCGCCUGUCGUCAGCUUUCAUGAGGAAAAGGAAGUGACAACGGCAGGUACAAAACAAUGUUUGGGUUCUUCAAGAAAAUUAAACCAGUGAAAAUCAGGACUUGUAAUGAAAGCCGAAAAUAUGGGAUUGCAGCAAAAGAUCUUAAGGAGUUGCUCAAAAAAGGUUGCAAGACUUUACAAUUGCCAGAGGCAGGUGCACAUGUAUGUUUGUAUUCUGAUGGGACAAAAGUGACGGAGGAAUUCUUCCCAACUCUGCCAGACCACACUGAACUGGUUCUUCUCUCCAGAGAGCAGACGUGGAGCGGGAGUAAGAGAAAUAACACUCCCAACACCUUUUUAACAAAUCAAACUGUGUACGUGUUUUCACAUCACCUGCUUCCCAUUUCAGUCAUGUGUGACAUUGGUCAUUUAUUGAGCUCAGACCAGCACACCAAUGGCCUCAUCGAAGCAGCGAAGGAGCUCCUGUCUGGUACACAGUCUCCAAAGAGACGGAAAAUUCUGACCGACCUGCUGCUGAAUCUGAAGGACAGGUCUGAGGUGGAGAGCAGAGAGGAGGAUGAGGAGUGGUUUAAAGGCAUCGACACUCGCUUCAAGACAAAGUCUGCCUACAUGAAGUUCAACUGUGAAAGCAGGAUACGGGGCUACAUGAAGGAGGUGGACGAUGCCACCAAAACCAUUCAGAAAGCUAAAGACAGGGCAGAGUUCUUGGAAAUGUCAAAGUGUCUGGCAGACAUGCUGAAAGCAGCCAAGUUCAACGGCUGUUACUUUGACAGGACUGAAAAGGAGCGGAAUCGCCUCUGCACCCAGGAGGGAUGGUUCACCUGCCAGGGACCAUUUGACCAGGACAUGUGUCAGUCUCUCCACUCCAUCAACCCGUACGGCAGCAGAGAGAGCAGGAUUGUCUUCAGCACGUGGAAUCUGGACCACAGGAUCGAGAAGAAAAGGACAAUCAUUCCCACUCUGCUGGAAGCUCUGCAAAAUCACAAGAUCGCUGAUGUCAACUUGACCUACUUCUACGGCCUGCUGUUCACCACUGACAACCUGAAGCUGGUUCACAUCGUGUGCCACAAAAAAGGAGCUCACAACCUGCUGUGUGAUACCAAGAAGAUUUUCAGACAGGCCACAAACACCGGCAAGACAAAUCAAAGGGUCAAGAGAAAAAAGAGGCGCUUAAUGACUUAAAAAGUGUUUGUGAUUAAUUGAGGUAUGUAGGUAUGGUAUGUGUUGAAAGACAAAUUCUCAGGCCUAUUUUGUAAGACUACUUUAAUUUCUACCUCACUAUAAUGAAUUCUGAACCAGAACUCUGCUGACAGGAGGAAUUAGACUGACUUGAAAUCAUGAAAAACAUUUAUUUGUUCUUUAUGUUGGCACAGUGAUGUAAAAUGGCACAAACUGAUUACAAUGACUGCUUACUUUGCAAGGCAUUUUGCUCAGUCAAAAAGUUGCAUAGUAUAAUAUGAAAAUCACUUUUGCAUAAAUAUGACAGUAAAAAUAUAGAUACCAGGAUAAUUGACUAUAUACAAAAUCUAUAUCAGACAUCUCUAUUGCAGUUACUGUAAACCUCUGAUUUGUUUUUUUAUAUAUAUAUAUAUAUAUAAUGCCUUUUUGUAUGUAACUUUGUCAAAUGUUGCAAAUAUUAGCCAAAUGGGAACAGGUCAGGUCAGAUAAUUAGCUGCACUGAUAUGUAUAUUAUUGUAUUGUAUAAACUGAUGUAUUUGUGCUAAGAAGCUGCCAAAAAAGAAACUGCACACACAAAUACUUGAUACAGACUUGAAUAAUGAGCCUUAAACAGAACUGAACUACAGACUUAACAUUCACCUUGAACAAUUAAUGCAUUAAUAAAUUAUGACUUUUUAAGCCUUUUAA